AUGACUGAACAUGAACAUGAACGGGUCGAUCAACCUUUACCAACAAUAGCAAAAGGAAACUUGGUCGAAAUAGUUGAUCUAUCACCAUCAACACCUGGUACGAUCGAUCUACGUACACUGACACCAAGAACAAUUGACCUUAGUAUACCUGCACCAAUUACGAUCGAUUUAGAUUCACCUCAAAUACCAUCCAACACUAAUACUACAGACUCACCACUUCAUUUAAGUCCAAAAUAA